CAAAAGGACAUAAACCCAUAAAGAAUGACCAUCAAACCCUAAACAAAUUCACUGUGUGUACCUGAUAAUGCUCACUCUCAAUCUAAACAUUCCAACCAGAUCAAAACCUCAAUUUCAACCUCAACUAACCAUCAAACCCUAAACAAAGGAACUCUCUUUACCUAAUAAUGUUCACUCUCAAUCUGAACAUUCCAACCAGAUCAAAACCUCAAUUUCCCCAAAAACCUCAACCAACCCAUCAACAAAAACCUCAAAUGGCGCUAAGGGUUCAUCUCCUCUCCCCCCAAAUCCCCUCACAAACCCUAAAAUCCCAAACCCAUCGUCCUUUCCCCUCCCCAACCCUCCAAACCCACACCCCCAAGAUCCAAAUCUCAUGCGCCAACAGCAUCAGUGAUGCAGAGCUGGCAUCAGAUUUGGCCACAGAAAUUGAAAAGAUGAGCACCCAUUUGGUGCAGAGAGAGGAGGCCAUGAAGAAGAGCAGACAAAUCUUGUUCACAGAGCUGUGUCAGUACAUGGGUUCGAAUUCUGAGGAAGUGAAGAAGACAUGGAAGAAGAUGAGUGAAGAAGACAAGUGGGUUUUGGCCAAAGGAUUUGUUUCGGAUUGGGGUGUCAAUUUUCAUCCAUUGUCUGCUAUGUCUGUCAAAGAUAUGGUUGAGGAACACUUGGUUGAAGACAACCCAUCUUUGAGUUCUUCACUGUUUUUCCCUAAUUUGAAGAAAAUGAUGGGGUUUUCACAAAGCAAAUGAAGGGUGAGAGAAAUUUAUGUGGGUGUGUUGUGGUUGGAAAUUGAGAUAGGUGAUAUAAUUGUCAUUUGUUCUCAAUUGGAAAGACUUCAAUUUGGGGUUUCAAAUUUGAAAAAUCUACUUUUUUUAUGAGAAGUUGCAGAUAGGUUGAUAAAUUAUUAAAAAAUGUGGAGAUAUUGGUUAAUUUUGAUGAAUUUGGGGAGAAUAACUUGCUUUGAAUGAUUCUUUUUAUUUAUUUAUUUAUUUUUAUUUAACUGGUAAAUUUUGAAAGAUUAUUUGCUCAUGAAAUCCAACAGAGAGCAGCUUUUCCAAGUUGGUGCGUCUCCAAUAAUUUAAAUUAUUUAUUAAGUUGUUAAAUUUUUUUAAAAAAAGGUCUCUCGAAAUUUAUUUGUUUUUAUUAAGGAUUUCCAGGUAAAAAUGUUGAGGUUCAAGCUGAACGCACAAGGAAUGUAUGAGGAAUAUUUGUAUCUAUAUAUAUGUAUAUAUCAAAAAAGAAAAAAGAAAAAGUGGACAAAAGGGAGGAGUGUAAAAAGUGAAGUGACAUCAUUGCUUUUCAUCGAAACUUUGUGAAUAUUUGUUUGUGUUAUAGAGUGAGGGAUUUUAAUUUCUAUAAAAUACAGUAAAAUAAAAUUAAAAUUAAAAUUCUUCAUCAAAACUAGAAUGUCUGGUUAAUUUUCUUGGGUUGCACCUUACCAAAAAAAACAUAAAAGAGUGACACAUUCUCUUUUUGAGUGUCUCUUUUAUCUUUUGUAGAUUCUCAUUCAUGUUCAAAAAUAAUAAUAAUAAAAAAAAAUGAAAGGAAAAAAGAAAAUGAAAUUGAGAAAAACCGAAAGAAAAAAAAAAAAAAAAAAAAAAAAAUAGAAA